GUUUACAAAGAAAACCCCUUCCAACUCUACAACUCUUCCCUUUGCCGGCCGUUCAAUUUCCAUUCCAUAUUUCCAACUUCCAGGAGAACGAUACUACCGAAGUUCCCCUGCGGAUGGUCACGUGACCGUGGCGUGCCGUCGAUCGAUUUGAAAUGCAUUUUAAGAUGCGACUCCCUCUCGCCAAAUAAAUAUUGCGUAAAGAUUUACAUAUACAGCACUCAAAAUUUUCAGUAUUACAUUUGUCGCCCCCAAAUUUCAAUAUUUACACCGUCUCGCCGAGGGGAAACCGGCGUACGACGGGAUCGCAGUGAUCGCGGCGUACAAAGACCUCCUAGCGCGACGACGGAAUCGCGGUGUACGAAGAGUUCCGAAUCUCUCAUCUUGCUUCUCCUUCGUCUCCGAUCCCACCGGAAAACCAAGAUUUCUAGAGCUGAGAUGUCAGCAAAUGCUCUGAGAGAUCUCAAUGUUCUUCCAAUUUCGGAGUUGUUGGAGAAUAACACUGAAAAUUCUAGCAAGGGAAAUUUCCCCAAGUCUUUUCCUGAGGAUUCCAGUGCGAACCUUGAAAAAUGUCAGAAUGUGAAUUCCGCUGCCGUGUUCUCAGCCCCUCACAAUGGAUCUGGAGCUGAUCCUAAUGGAGAUGUAGUAGGAAAUGCAGAAGUUGAGUACAUAGAAACUGAGAACCUGGCUGACCUUCUAUCAGUGGAUUCAACUCUUAAUUCACUGUUAGCGAGAUUAGACUCAAAGGAUUGGAUUUCAGUUUGUGAAGCACUCAAUAAUGUGCGCCAGCUAUCAAUAUAUCACAAAGAGAAGCUGAUUGAUUUAAUAGAAGAUUUGAUUCCAAAGAUUGUGAAAUCCUUGAAAAAUCCAAGAAGUGCCGUUUGUAAGACUGCAAUCAUGACUUGUGGCGACAUCUUCAAGGUUUACAAUGAUUCGAUGAUUGAUUUUCUUGAUCCUUUGCUUGUACAGCUGCUCCUCAAAUCUUCACAAGACAAGCGAUUUGUAUGUGAGGCUUCAGAAGCAGCAUUGAUUUCUAUUACCACUUGGAUAUCCCCUUCUUUACUGUUACCUAAGUUGCAACCUUAUCUUAAGAACAGAAAUCCUCGUGUUCGUGCAAAAGCGUCAAUGUGUUUUAGCCGCAGUGUUCCAAGACUCGGCGUUGAAGGGAUCAAAGAGUAUGGCAUUAAUAAGCUUAUCGAGAUUGCGGCAUCUCAGCUCAGCGAUCAGCUUCCGGAGUCUCGAGAAGCUGCUCGAGCCCUUGCAGUUGAGCUGCAAGCAUUUUACGAGAGAUCGAGACUUUCGGAGGACUCACAGGGUGUGGACAAUCUAUCUUGGGAAGCUUUCUGUCAGGCAGAGCUUUCUGCUUUAAGCGCUCAAGCUGUUCUUAGGGUGACCUCUGUGGCAAAAGAGGGAUUGGGUUGCUAACCGAAGUAAUCUCUAUGCCUUAUCUAACACCUUUUGUACAUUUUGCUGAAGAGAACUUUGAGAAGAACCAAACAGAGUGUUGCUCUUAGCUGAUUUGGCAGCUUUUAGAUUUUUGGUGUUUUGAUCUUGUGCUAGUUUGCUGAGAUUACACCAUCUAUUUUAGUGCUGUUUUUACAUCCGUGAGUCAAACUUUAGGCAAUCGUUUCAACUCUGAGCUCUUGCUCUUUUUUUUUUUUUUUGCCGAGUAAAGUUGAAAAAUUCUCUUGAGUAUAUGUAUGGAAUAUUUUAUUUCCAGAGUUUAUAAAAAUGUUACAUUGGG